AGGAAGGCGCUGAGCUCAAACUACGGAAGCUCGGCAGCGCAGCGGCCUUCAGGGCGCCUGAGCUUGUUAAAAUGGGUCGCCAUUCAUCAGACACUGAAGAAGAGAACAGAAGCAGAAGAAAAAAGAAACAUCGUAGAAGGUCAUCUUCAAGCAGUUCCUCAGACAGUAGAAUUUACAGCCAUAAAAAAUCAGGAAGGAAAUCAAGAUCACCGUCUCGAGAUCUCCAGUUUCGUUCACAUUCAUAUGAAAAGAGGCGAAGGCAUCGAUCUAGCAGCAGUUCUUCAUAUGGGUCCAAGAGAAAACGGAGCCGGAGCCGAUCAAGAGCACAAGGAAAAUCAUAUCGGCCUCAGAGAUCAAGAUCAAAAAGCAGAACAAGAAGAUCACAUUCCAGACCUCAGCAACGAUCCUAUAGCCGCAGCAGUGAAAGAACUAGUCACAGGAGAACCCGUAGUGGGUCUCGUGAAAAAGAGAGACGUAAAGGCAGAGAUAAAGAGAAAGCAAGGGAAAAGGAAAGAUCCAGAGGAAAAGAGAAGGAGCAGCAUUACAACAAAAGUGGGGAUGCUGGAAACAUCAAAACUGGAUUAGAACAUCUGGUAAGUUGUAAUUUUCUGUUGAAUAUUUGCAUCAUCUUUGAUAUCUGCAUUCUAGAACAGUUCUGA